AAGGAGGGCUUUGUUUGAAGACUUAGAAGAAGAAGAAAGCACAUCAAGAAGGGCUAGCUUGCGGAGAAGAAAGAGAAACUACCUUUUUCCAUAUAUGGAGCUUGCUUCGGAGAGAUCUGGUGAUGGAGGUAUUGGACUCAAGGAAGAAGAUAGUGCUGGUGAUGAUGAUGGUCAUCAUAAACAAGAGAUUAUUGUCGAGGAACCACCCGUGACUAAUACCGAAAGUUCCAUACUGGAGGCUCCGCCUAGCACAUCCCCAAACAAAAAAGAAGAGGUUGUUAAUCAGCUUGAGACUGCCAAAGCUGAAAUGGGUGUAGCGAGAGAAGAAAAUCAACUGCUAAAGACGUGUUUGAACAAAAUAAUGAAUGAAUAUCGGACACUAGAGAUGCAAUUUCAGGAUAUACUAAAGCAACAAGGGACAAAAAAGAACGCUGAUAAAGGAAAUGAUGAUAAGCAUGAAGAAAUAUUAGAGGAAGCGGAUCUUGUUUCCCUCUGCCUUGGAAGAGUUCCAAGAAGUGAUGAGAAAAUCAAAGUUUCUAAUAAGCCAUUGAAGGAUGAUGAAGGGUUGACUCUUGGACUAGAGUGCAAAUUUGAAACAUCAAAGUCAGGAAGCACAAAUGAAGCUUUACCUAAUAAUCCAAGCCCAGAAAAUAGUUGUGAAGUAGUACCAAAGGAAGAAGGUGGGGAAAGUAAGGAGGCACUAAAGACAAUGAGAUCAGACACAGAGGAUGAAGUUGCUCAGCAAAAUCCUACAAAGAAACCUCGAGUUUGUGUUAGAGCAAGAUGUGACACUCCAACAAUGAACGACGGAUGCCAAUGGAGGAAAUAUGGACAAAAGAUUUCAAAGGGAAAUCCUUGCCCUCGAGCUUACUAUCGUUGCACAAUUGCACCAUCAUGCCCAGUUAGAAAACAGGUGCAAAGAUGUGUUGACGACAUGUCCAUUUUAUUCACCACUUACGAGGGAACCCACAACCACACUCUUCCACCAUCAGCUACUGCUAUGGCAUCCACAACUUCCGCAGCUGCAUCCAUGUUAUUGUCUGGUUCAUCAACCUCUAACUCUGCCUCAAUACCUUCAACAGCAACCACAAAUCUCCAAGGCCUCAACUUUUAUCUCUCAGACGGUUCAAAACCAAGGCAACUAUACCUCUCCAACCCUGCACUAUCAUCUUCACUUUCACAUCCAACCAUCACUCUCGACCUCACUACUUCACACCCUUCAGCCUCUUCCUCAUCAUCAUCACCCUUUGUCAGAUUCAAUUCAAACUACAACAACAAUCACCAACCCAGAUACCCCUCUUCCUCAUCAAGCCUAAGCUUCAGUACUAGUAAUUCCUCCGAAAUUGCUAAUGCUAUAUCUUGGAGCAACGGCUUCCUCAACAAUAAUAGGAACAUCCUUAGCAGUGUGAACUUUGGAAGACAACAAAUGGAAAACAUGAACCAGUCCUACAUGCAAAAGAACAACAACAACACAAGCCUUCUUCCUCAAGCUGAUACUAUAUCUGCAGCAACGAAAGUGAUCACAGCGGACCCCGCUUUUCAGUCAGCUUUGGCAGCAGCACUUACUUCGUUUAUUGGCGGUGGUGGUGUUGGAAACACGCGAGGAAGUCAAGGUGGUAAUGUUGUUGGAGAAAGUUUGAGUUUGGGUCAGAAAAUGAAAUGGGGUGAGGUGUUUCCAGCGUCUAAUAAUUCUAAUUCUUCAAUUUCGAACAAUAAAGUCAAUGGUUGUGCAUCCAGCUUCUUGAACAAAACGCCGGCAGCGAAUACACAGACGAAAAAUUUGAUGUUUCUGCCGCCGUCGUCAUUGCCGUUUUCUUCUACUCCCAAAAGUGCAUCUGCAUCUCCUGCUGCUGAUAAUAGCGACACCACCACCAAUUGACCAUUAAACUGGUCAUAUUUCUCUAUAGCUAUAUAUAUCUAUAGAUACAUAUCUAGCUACUUUAUUUUAUUUUUUCAAUUUUUAUUUCUUGAAUUGCAUUGAUGUAAUUAUAAGUAAGAUGCUAAGUAAAAUUUAGCAUAGACACAUAAUAAAGUAUGAACAUAGAUGUUUUUCCCUUGAUUUUGGGAUGAGA